ACUCUCGCUUUUUAAAACAAGUACAACCACGUCACCUACACCUCCGGAGUUUUAGUACAUUACCAAAUUCACUUUUUACUGCUACCUAUUUCAGAAGAGGAUAGAACGACACUAGUCAUCGUGACAAAACAGCAGAAAGUACAAUAUGAAAAACAAUGAAGCAAAUGAUACGUACACAUUUUUAUACGAAGAGGGCGGUUUCGACAACGCCACGGACAUCGCUACAGAAGACGAUGGCUCCCCAGUAAGUUCCUCCAUGAGCGUCGAUAUUCAAGGAUUAGUCCUUGGCAUCCUGGUCGUAAUCCUGAUCUCUGUGACCAACCUCCUCAGCUUGGCCGCUUUCGUCGUCGAACGACGUUUACGAACCUACAACAACUACUUUAUCAUCAAUCUGGUGGUGGUUGAUCUCCUGAUAGGCAUCAGCCAGAUCAUUGGCGUCGCCCACACCUUCCUCAGGUACUUUCCCUUCUCUCAAGGAUUCUGCAAGGUCUACCUGGGUUGUCGCCAGGGGCUCUUCUUUGUCUCCAUCCUGGAGGUCGUCGUCAUCUGCAUCGACCGUCAUCGAGCAACCUACGAUCCUAUCAACCACUUCAUCUCCAGGAGUAAACGGAAGGCUAUGGUGAUGAACGUUUUAACCUGGGUGGUUGGUCUUGUCUUCUGGCUCUUUUACUCUACGGCCUGGGACUUCAUAGUGGAUGUAGAUUCGUCUCGGCACUGUUUUGCGGCCUACGUCAGAUACCCUAUCCCAAACUUGAUGCAAAACGUCAUCACCUUCUUUAUUCCUCUGGUGAUCAUCUCCUUGCUCUAUGUCAGAAUCUAUAUCAAGAUAAAGGCCACGAUUGGUGGAAAAAGUGUCAGUCGGAAGUUCGAGGAUGGGAUGCAGGACGUGACGAUAGGAGAAGGUUCCGUGGAGUCAUCCAACAGCAGCAGCGGCAACAACACUCGGUUGAAGUCAGACGAACACGUAGUGCCUUUCAAAGGCAGGCACGAAGCAGAAAAGGGGACGACCAAGACAGGGGCCGACCGCGAGUCCAAGAACGAGAUGAUGAAAGCCAACCGGACCUUGUCCUACAUCAUCAUAUCCUUCAUCAUCGCCUGGCUUCCAAACGCCAUCAUCUAUCUCCUCUUUGCAAUCGACCCUGCACUUCUUCUGGUGCGCGCGUUCCCAGCCGCGGUGCGUCAAUUCUUCGUGUGGUUACGCUACGCGAAUAGCUUCUUCAAUCCAAUAUGUUACGCAGCAUCCCAAACCCUGUUCCGCCGUACCGUAUCGGACUUGAUCUGCAGACCGCAGAAGUACUGCCACUGAAGCGACACACUCCAUUCGCCAUCAAUUAAUACAACCAUCUGUUGUUGGACACAUGUAAAACGUUUUGUCAGUUAUUUUAGGCACACAAGGGGCCUGUCACUUUUAAGUUGUCAAUCCCGACCUUUCGUUUGAGGACGCGCACGCUUAUUAACGACGUUAGAUGAUUUUGGAAGAGACUUUUUAGACCCGUCAUCAUGGUCGUAAAACUCUGUCUUGCAAUGCAAAUUGUGUGACAUUAGAUUUUUUUUUCGUUUCGCAUCUGCGACGGAAACAUUCAAUAUGCGUUUCGUGUGCAAAAUUCUGGUUGCUACUAUGGUAACAGCGAUAUAUCCGAUUGAGGACAACUUUCCAAAGCCACAUUUGACUCCUCCCAGAGCUCAAGAGGCCGCCCGGGGGGCCCACUUCCAUUGAUUAGUGGAUACCAGGAGCGACCACGCGUAAAAGGGGACAGAGUGGGCAGGUACGUUACGUAUAGGCCCAAGUAACGUUAUAAGGGUGUCAAAACGAGGUUUAAAAUGCUGACAAAAAGGGAUAUAUAUCCAAUACUUGUAGGGUUUCACAAGCCAAAUUCUUGUUAAGAGAUGCAUUUUCAUAAUCUGGAAAAAAAUUACUUCCCUUGUUUAGGGUACUUUUCGAAACCCCAUGGUCGUGCCUGGUAUCCACUCAUCAAUGGAAGUGGUCUCCCCGGAAUUUGAAUCUAAUCCCCCAUUUCUGGGGAAAGUAAAACAUAAUGCCCAUUACAUCGUGUGCGAGAGGCAUAUCGUUUGUGUAGAAGAAGCU